AUGUUCGGGCGUAUCUUUCAUCUCCUUGUGGACGCCAUGCUGGUGAGCGUGGCGCUGUCUGGAAUCAAGCGCAGCACCGGUCUCACACCAGCGGUAAUUCGGAUGCCAAACAAGGAUCUUCGUAACCUGAUGCGCAUCUACCUGGAAGCAGGAGAAUGGAUCAUGGACUUCUCCGUUGUCAUUCUUGGUCGAUCGAGCUGGUUUGAGCGAGUGCGCUAG